AUGAAUACGAGUCGAAGUAAAAUGCUAGUUAGACUGUCAAAACAAAAUAUUAAACAUUAUAAUAACACAGAUUUAGUUACUGUUGUGUCCAAUGUGAUAAAUGACUGUCUAGAAAAAGAAAAUAGAAACCGCAAUAAUCACAAUGAGUAUGAAAAUUACCUUCAAGAUGAUUUAGGAUCAAGAAACUUUAUAAGUCCUAUUAUUCCAUUAAGUGAGUCUCAACUUAAUGAAUGCAUUUCAGAAGAAUUAGGAGAAAGAGUUUACGCCCAACUGGUACCCGCAUUAAUUUGUGAUAAGAAUUUAGACGACUCAAAUAUUUCCACAGAAGAUUUUCACCAAUCCACAAGUUCGCAUAUUCAUGUUAAUAGCGUUCAAUCUAAUUUAUAUUGUGAUCUUACGUCUAAAACAAAAAUCCAGUCAAUAAAGAACCAAGAACACAUUGCUACUGGAUCGAUAAAUAAUUUAGAUGAAGAUGAUUUCGAUACUUUGAAUCUUUUGACUGGGACACAAAACAUAAUAUCUACUGAAUUAUCGACUGAAAUGCAACCAGCACCUUGUUUAGCACAUUCUUCACCACCUUCAGUUUCGCCAAAGCCGUCUACUUCCUUAGCUCCUGUAAGUCCUAUAGCACAUAUUGAAACACAACUGCUGACAAGAAAAAAAAAACGUAGCUUCCUUGAAGAAUCCACCGCCAUUGAUAAACCUGCCGUCGAAGAUAACUGUCAAACACCAAAGAAACCUAAGCGCAAUAGAGACCCAGCAGCUAUAUUAGAGACACAAAGAUUAAAACAUCCAUUGCUGCCACCUUGUUCAUGUAAAAAACAGUGCAUUCAAAAGAUUUCCGAGACUGAAAGGCAGCCAUUUUUGGACACAAUUUUGGAACUUGGACCGGCAACGGGGCCGCGACUUUAUAUCAAGAAGUGUUGA